AUGUAUAAUUCCAUUGUUGUGCCUUGGCUGGUUCCUCCAUGGCGGAUAAAGCAGAGCCUGCAACAAAGGAUGGACGAUUGGAAGCAACGCGUCAAGACAUUGCUGGAUGAAAUAUACACCGUGGACCCGUACUAUGUACAAAGCAACGAGACAAGGUUCGUCAAUCAGGUCUCGUACGCGGACAUCGCCGCUGGUCGCACGAGCCCCAAUUCCAGGGGUUCUAGCCCCUUUAGAAACAACCGAGACGAGGCUGCUCCUACCCCACUCUCGAUUCAAGUGCUUAGACCGACUGCUCAAUUCUCAAGAUCUGUGGAUAUCCAGAAACCCGUCGUUGAACAACCGGUCCGCGAUGAAACUCCACCGAGCACCGCGAGAAUAGAAACUAGAUGCGACGAGGAACAGGCGAGAAUCGAGGAACAGAGCGAGCAGAAGGAGUCUGAGAUGAGAGUCGAAAGCAGAAGACACGUUUCCAAGGUGGAUUCGGUGGAUUCUAGGAUGAGAAGUCAGUCGAGGAGGGCUGGUUCGGUUAGAAAUAACAGUGACGAGGCUGUGAGGGAAUCUAGGGAGAGGAAUUCGUCCGUUGAGAAUGAAAACGCGAUGGAGAUUUCUAGAUCGAUGGAACAGAAGAAAAAGGAAUCGUUGAUACUUAAGAACACGUUAGCGCCUAAAGUUGAGAGGAGAGGAAGAUCGGCUAGUCCCAUUUGGGUGCCUGGUUCUACGUCCUACGCGGAUAUCCUUCGUGGAAAUAGACAAAGUUCUCGCAGUCCCUCGGUGGAGGCUGGCAAGGAUGUUAACAUGGUUGGCAGAGAGGUCAGGGAGACUGUGGUUGAAGAGUUGUCUGCGGAAACGGUUCAAAAUGAGAAGUUGGAAUUCAAUGUGCCAAGACUCGAAGUGGAGGAAGAGACGGAAGUUCAGGAAGCUCUUGAGGAAGAAGCGAGUGAAGAGAUAGAGAGUUACCAGUCUGUUGAGGUAAUGGGUGAAGACGUGCCUGAAAUCAUACCUUCUUCCGUGAAACCCGAGGAAUCGGCAGAGGCUCAAACUAGUUGGGCCGAUGAGAGCAUGGAAGAGUACGUUCUAUUGAAUGAAAAGAAUUACAAGAACAUUGCGAGAGCACCGCAACAAGUUCAAGAAGUGUACAACUAUAUUCAACCACCUCUUCGACCAGCCAUUCCAGAAUUGGUUGGAUUCAUUGGAUCUCAGGUAGCUUAUCCAGUAAGCUCUUACGUCUACAUGCCAGCUGCAUCCCCUCAGCAGAUGGCUCUUCCUCAUUAUACCGAGAGUCAGAUAGCAUUUCCGUCUGAACAGUACGUGGCACAACCUAGUUACAUCCCCGAACCAGAGAUUUAUCAGCAGAAUUUGUUGCAGAAACAGAGACAACCGCAUCAAUCUAAAUACAAAAGUAAUCCAAAGGGUGCUCCAAUUAUUAUGCAAAAUGUGGAAGAGAAAUGUUUAUCUUGUCAGAUUCCUCAAGCUGUGGAUAUUCAACCUGUCGUUCAACCUAUUAUUCAACAAUCAAUACAGAUUGUUGAAGAGAAAUCUGUGGAACAAGAACAGCCUGUGCAACAGCCUGUAGAACAACAGCCUGUGCAGCAAUCGAUGCAACAAUCAGUGGAACAACUAGUAGAGCAACCAGUGGAACAACCUGUACAACCUGUACAACCUGUUUCCUCUGCAACACCAUCAACAGAAAGCACACCGGUGAAGACGAAAAUAAUCACCGAGAGCAAAACAUUCUCCUAUGCUCAAAUCUUGUCACAGGGUCUCACUCCUAAACCGUCAUCGGCCGUCAGUAGUUAUUCUCCACCAACGAGUAUUCCACCGACGACAUUAGCCUCGAAACAGGCGAAAGAACGUUCGUAUUCACCUGUGAAUUCGACAGCGUCCUCGGUGCAUGAGACGAGUCCUUCUCAGGAGGCGAGGCAAACUCGAGAAUCGUCGGUAAGUAAACAGGAAAGCAAUUGGGACGUAACGAGGAAAAGGGAGACGAGGAAAACUCAUCAGGAGGCGCCGAAGACGAAGAUCCCGGAAAAGAGAGCUAGAAGGGGGCCCGAGUAUUCGAAAGAGAAACUUCAAAAGGAGAAAAUUAAGAUUAAUGUGGAGCAACAAAAACAGAUAUUUGAAACGAAAGAUGAAAUUGUCGUGGAAAAUACUUCUAAAAUAAAUGUGAAGAGUGACGAGGUUGAGAUUAAAAAGGAAAAAGUGGAGGAUGUUCGAUCAGAAAAGAGAGUGGAUGUCGAAAAGAUGAAAAAGAUCGAAGCACAGAAACAAGAUGAAAAGCAAGAGGUUCAGGAGGAGAAGCAUGAUGUUCAACAGAGGAGCAGGUCUCAGGAAAAGAAACGAAAGGGAAAGAAGAAGAAGCCGGAGAAAUCGAUGGACGAUGAGAUAGACAAGGCUCUGAAAGAAAUUGAGGAUAUGGAUAAGCAGAAAAAGAGAGAUAAAUCGAGGGAACAGAGUAAGAUUAAGGAUACGACUCAAACUAUUCAAACAGAAAAAUCUAAAGAGGAUAAUGAAAGGAAAGGUGUGAAGCCUGGCGAGAAAAAGAAACAAAAUAAAUCGAAGACGGAAAAGGUUAGAGACGAGUCAGAAAUUGCAAUGAAUCAGGUUAACGCGAAAGAACAGAUGAAAUCGAAGAAUGAUACGAAAGAAAGUAAAGAAGAGAAAAAUAUUGAGAAGAGGAAUGCAAAGGACGAAGCUAAGAUUUCUAAAGAGAAAAUUGAAAAUAGAAAGAGCGAGUCGGAAAAAAAAUCUGAAAUUAAAAUCGAAUCGAGUAGUGAAAUGAGGAAAGUUGAAACGAAGGAAGAGAAAGCGCAGAAAGAUUCUGCUAAUCUAUCGAAGAAAAAGCAAAAAGGUAAAGAACAAACUGGUACGGUGAAAGAUAAGUCUAAUAAAGAUAAUGUGAAAUCUACGAAAACUGAAAGUGAAUCUGAACAAAUUAAAAAAGCGAUACUCGUUGAAGAUAAAGCGGAAAUUCAAAAAGAGAAAGACAUUAAAUCAGUUGAAAAUAUUGAAAACUUAGAUCAAUCACAGAAACAAGAAGAUACGAAAUCUGUAAAACUUAUGAAAUCAGAAAAAAUAUCUGAAGCAAAAGUUGAAUCAAAAGAGAAGGAAUCUGCAAAACCUAAAGAACAGGAUAAAUCGAAAAAGAAUAAAAAACAGAAACAAGGAACCGAGAAUGAAGUCUCGAAAGAUCAGACACCUAAGAAACAGAGCCAACAAAAAGAAGAAAAGAAAACAGAACAAUCGAAACAGAAAAAAUCUAUAGAAAAAUCAGAGGUGAUAGAUAUUAAAUUAAAAGAAACCGAAGAGGUUAAAGCAGAAAUUGAUAUGAAAACAUCAAAAGAUGAAAAAGAGAAAAAGGAACAGAUGUAG